AUGUUUCAAUAUCUUUUCCUCUACGUCCUUCAAAUCGUUUCUGCUCAACAGCCAGGUACUACUAAUACCGCAUCGUAUGAAAUUAGAGAACACAGUUUAAUUAAGCCCUAUCCUGCGGUAUUUUCUUCUAUUAAUUCUUAUUGGCAUUUGACUGGUAAUACAAUUGUGACGGAUCGUUGGAUUCGACUUACAGCUGACACACAAAGCAAACAGGGUGGACUAUGGAAUCUUCUUCCGGUGACAUAUCCUGAUUGGGAGAUGCAUGUUCAAUUUAAAGUUCAUGGUACAGGUAAAGAAUUAUUUGGAGACGGCUUAGUUAUUUGGUAUGUACGGGAUCCAAAACACUUAGGACCUGUUUUUGGUAAUCAAGAUUUUUUUCAUGGGUUAGGUGUUAUUCUCGAUACCUAUAGCAAUCACAAUGGUCCACACAAUCAUGUUCACCCAUAUAUAUCAGCAAUGGUUAAUAAUGGUACACUACAUUAUGAUCAUGAUCGUGAUGGCACACACACACAAGUAGCCGGUUGUGAAUCACAAUUCAGAGGUAGAGAUACAGACACACUCAUCGCCAUCCGAUAUCAAAACGAUAAAUUAACGGUAUCAACGGAUAUUGAUGGUAAAAAUGUAUGGAAAGAAUGUUUUUCCGUAGAGGGUGUCAAAUUACCAAGUCACUACUAUUUUGGUUUUACGGCAGCAACCGGUGAUUUAACAGAUAAUCAUGAUAUUAUAUCCGUACAUACUUACCAACUCGAGUCGACUAACGAACGAAAAAUGGAAGAUCGUCGCGGAAUACUGCCAAUUGCUUUAACAGCUGAGGCUGAACGACGUAUGUGUUUGAAAUUUGUUAAAGAAGAAAUAUUUCUUUUCUAA